AGAUGUCAGUUAAGGAAGGCGCCCAGCGCAGAUGGACAGCACUCAAGGAGAAGUUGGGGCCGCAGGAGUCGGACCCCACCGAGGCCAACCUGGAGAACGCUGACCCCGAGCUGUGCAUCCGGCUGCUGCAGAUGCCCUCGGUCGUCAACUACUCGGGCCUGCGCAAGCGCCUGGAGAGCAGCGAUGGUGGCUGGAUGGUGCAGUUCCUGGAGCAGAGCGGCCUGGACCUGCUGCUGGAGGCCCUGGCACGGCUGUCAGGCCGCGGCGUGGCGCGCAUUGCUGACGCUCUGCUGCAGCUCACCUGCAUCAGCUGCGUGCGCGCUGUCAUGAACUCGCGCCAGGGCAUGGAGUACAUCCUCAGCAACCAGGGCUACGUGCGCCAGCUCUCCCAGGCUCUGGACACGCCCAACGUGAUGGUCAAGAAGCAGGUGUUCGAGCUGCUGGCCGCCCUGUGCAUCUACUCGCCCGAGGGCCACACCCUCACCUUGGACGCCCUGGACCACUACAAGGCGGUGUGCAGCCAGCAGUACCGCUUCAGCGUCAUCAUGAGCGAGCUGGCCAACAGUGACAACGUGCCCUACGUGGUCACCCUGCUCAGCGUCGUCAAUGCCCUCAUCCUCGGCCCCGAGGAUCUCCGAACCCGCAGCCAGCUUCGGAAUGAGUUCAUUGGGCUGCAGCUGCUGGACGUGCUGACCAGGCUGCGCGACAUAGAGGACGCCGACCUGCUGAUCCAGCUGGAGGCCUUCGAGGAGUCCAAGGCCGAAGAUGAGGAGGAGCUGCUCCGGGUGUGCGGUGGGAUCGACAUGAGCAGCCACCAGGAGGUCUUUGCCGCCCUGUUCCACAAGGUGAGCUGCUCGCCAGUGUCCGUCCAGUUGCUGUCGGUGCUGCAGGGCCUCCUGCACCUGGAGCCCACCUGCCGCUCCAGCCAGCUGCUCUGGGAGGCCCUGGAGAGCCUGGUAAACCGGGCCGUGCUCCUGGCCAGCGAUGCCCAGGAGUGCACCCUGGAGGAGGUGAUGGAGCGGCUCCUGUCCACCAAGGGGCGGCCCCGGCCUCACCCCCUGGACCGGGCCCACAAGAGUGUCCAGGCAGACCUGGGCCUGCACCGGAGGGGCAGCUGCCCCCAGAACUCGAGUGUCCCAAAGCUGGGCCUGGAGGGCCAGCAGCCAGCAGCAGCCCCCGCCUUUCUACAGGACACCAAGGCCUCGAGCAGGAGUGGGGAGAUGGCUGUGCAGCAGAUGGCCCCAGAGCCACGGCCACCCAUCCCGCCACCUCCGCCGCCUCCCCUGCCGAGCCUGGCGGCCACGUCUCCCCCUCCACCACCUCCACCACCUCUGCCAGCCCCCCUGCCGGGUCUGGCGGCCACGUCUUCCCUUCCACCACCUCCACCGCCACCACCCCUGUCGGGUCUGGCGGCCACGUCUUCCCCUCCACCACCUCCACCACCUCUGCCACCGCCCCUGUUGGGUCUGGCGGCCACAUCUCCCCCUCCACCACCCCCACUGCUGGGCCUGGCAGCAUCGUUCUCACCCCCUCCACCACCCCCAUUACCUGGCUUCAGUGGACCACCCCCACCCCCGCCCCUGCCGGGCAUGCCCGGGACCCCCAUCCUGCCGGGAGCGGGUAACGUGGAGGAGGUCAUCGUGUCCCAGGUGGAUCACAGCCUGGGCUCGGCCCGGGUACCUAGGCACCGGCAGGUGAACCCGCCCACACUGCGCAUGAAGAAGCUCAACUGGCAGAAGCUGCCGUCCAGCGUGGCCCAGGAGCACCACUCCAUGUGGGCGUCGCUGGGCAGCCUGGACACAGAGGCCGUGGAGCCCGACUUCUCCAGCAUCGAGCGGCUCUUCUCCUUCCCGGCCGCCCAGCCCAAGAAGCCGAUAGCGGCUGCCCCGGCCAGGAAGGAGCCCAAGGAGAUCACUUUUCUGGACUCCAAGAAGAGCCUGAACCUCAACAUCUUCCUGAAGCAGUUCAAGUGUUCCAACGAGGAGAUCACCACCAUGAUUCGUGCCGGGGACACCACCAAGUUUGACGUAGAGAUUCUCAAACAGCUCAUCAAACUCCUUCCUGAGAAACAUGAAAUUGAAAACCUGCAGACCUUCAAGGAGGAUCGCACCAAGCUGGCAAACGCCGACCAGUUCUACUUGCUCCUGCUGGGUGUUCCCUGCUACCGGCUGCGUCUUGAGUGCAUGCUGCUAUGUGAGGGGACGGCCGUCGUGCUGGACAUGGUGCAACCCAAGGCCCAGCUGGUGCUGGCCGCCUGCGAGAGCCUGCUCACCAGCCACCAGCUGCCGGUCUUCUGCCAACUGAUCCUCAAGAUCGGGAACUUUCUCAACUACGGCAGCCACACGGGUAAUGCCGACGGCUUCAAGAUCAACACGCUGCUUAAGCUCACGGAGACCAAGGCGAACCAGAGCCGCGUGACACUUCUGCACCACAUACUGGAGGAGGUGGAGCGGAGCCACCCGGAUCUCCUGCAGCUGCCCCAGGACCUGGAGCAGGUCGCCCAGGCAGCAGGGAUCAACCUUGAGAUCAUCCGCUCGGAGGCCAGCGCCAACCUGAAGAAGCUUCUGGAGACAGAGCAGAAGGUGUCGGCCUCCAUAGCUGAGGUUCAGGAGCAGUACGCCCAGCGCCUGCAGGCUAGCAUCGUGGCCUGCCGGGCUCUGGAUGAGGUGUUUGAAGCCAUCGAGCAGAAGAAGCUAGAACUGGCCAACUACCUGUGUGAGGACACGCAGCAGCUGUCCCUGGAGGACACGCUAAGUACCAUGAAGACUUUCCGAGACCUCUUCAUCCGCGCCCUGAAGGAGAACAAGGACCGGAAGGAGCAGGCGGCCAAGGCGGAGAGAAGGAAGAAGCAGCUGGCAGAGGAGGAGGCUCAGAGGCCUCGGGGCGAGGACGGGAAGCCUAUCAGGACAGGCACCGGGCGGCAGGAGGAGGUGUGCGUUAUCGACGCCCUGCUGGCUGACAUCAGGAAAGGCUUCCAGCUUCGGAAGACGGUUCGCGGCCGGGCGGACAUAGAAGGGGGCGGCAAGGCUGCAGCAGACUCCACAAGGGACCGGAAGCCUGCGGCCACCAGUAAACCCACGGGAGGCCCUAGCUGCCCCACUUCGGAGCUGGACCUUGCCUCUGCAGUGAUCGGCGAGCCCCGGGGCUGGGACCUCGUGGACGCCACCCCACCUCACCCGCAGCCCACGGGGGAGGUGGGCAGUCCUGAGCCCCCGGAGCGGCGUUCUUCCUGGUACAUGGAUGCCAGCGAUUCCCUGGCCACGGAGGAUCCCCGGAGCCCACAGCCCUCUGCAGGGCCCUUGCCGGUGGCACUGGGGGACACUCAGGCCCUGAAGCCCCUCAAGUUCUCCAGCGACAAGCCCCUUAGUGCCACAGAUUCAGGUCAAGGGAUUGCAGAGCCCACAGCUCUGCAGGGCGCCUGCCAGGCCGAGCCCGACAGCACCGGUGAGGGGCCAGGUGAUGCCAACACCCUCACACCCAGCACCCGCUGCCCCGCUGUAGGCCCCAGCAGGGGAGGGGACGAGGAGGACGUGGCCCCAGAGUCUGCACUGGACACCUCGCUGGACAGGUCUUUCUCCGAGGAGGCAGUGACUGACUCCUCGGGAUCCGGCAGCCUGCCAAGGACCCGGGCCCGGAGCGCCAAGGGGACAGGCAGGAGAAGGAAGAAGCGUCCGUCAAGGAGUCAGGAAGAGCUUGACCCUGAUUCUGACGAUAAUAAAAAAGAAAGAUUCUGUGAGCUGCAGUGA